AUUGCAGCCGAUUCGGUUCCGACCGACCCAAAUCGGCCGUUCGCCUCCCCCUAACCGCGUCUGCUCGCCUUCCCCCAACAGCGUCUGUUCGCGCUUCUCCUCCUCCCUCUCCGUCGAUCUCGUCGCCGACCUCUCGUUCUCUCUGUUUGCGUGAUCUCCGAUCUCUGGCUGUCCCUGAUGGAUGAUAGCUGUGCGGUUUGCGCCGAUCCCCUCGAGUGGGUCGCGUAUGGUCCAUGCGGCCACCGGGAGGUUUGCUCCACCUGCGUCGUGCGCCUCCGAUUUGUGCUCGGCGACCGCAGUUGUUGCAUAUGCAAGACUGAGUGCCCGAUGAUCUUCGUCACCAAGGCUCUUGGAGAUUAUACUAGAGUCGUAGCUGAUUUUUCAGUUUUCUUAACUGGAGGAACAGAAGGAAAGACUGGAGAAUAUUGGUACCAUGAAGAUACACAAGCCUACUUUGAUGAUGCUGACCAUUACAAGAUGGUAAAAGCGAUGUGUCGUCUUUCCUGUAGCAUCUGUGACAAGAAUUCUGAGAGUCAAGGUGGUGAGGGCAUAAAGAGGAGAACAAGAUUUAGGAGCAUAGAACAAUUAAAUGGCCAUUUAAGGCAUCAACACAACUUAUUCACGUGCAACCUAUGCUUGGAAGGAAGAAAGGUAUUUAUUUGUGAACAAAAGUUGUACACAAGGUCACAAUUAAAUCAACACAAGAGCACUGGGGACUCUGAGGUGGAUGGCAAUGAGAGUGAGCGUGGAGGCUUUAUGGGUCACCCCAUGUGUGAGUUCUGCAAAAACCGAUUCUAUGGGGAUAAUGAACUUUAUAUCCACAUGUCAACAGAGCAUUAUACCUGCCACAUAUGUCAACGGCAACAUCCAGGACAAUAUGAUUAUUUCAGAGAUUAUAAUGACUUGGAGAUGCAUUUCGGCCAGGAGCAUUUUCUUUGUGAGAAUGAGGCAUGCUUAGAAAAGAAGUUUGUUGUUUUUCAAACUGAAGCAGAGAUGAAGAGGCAUAAUGCCCUUGAGCAUGGGGGGAACAUGUCACGUUCCAAGCGAAAUGCCGCACUUAGGAUACCAACUAGCUUCACGUAUCGGCGGAACGAACAAGAGCAGCACCGUGGAAGAGGUCGUGGAUUCCACCGAGAUCCAUCUGACAAUCAGCUAUCUAUAGCGAUACAAGCUAGCCUUGAAACAGCAGCAGCUGCUGAUGGUAGAUUUCAGGAUUCUUCUUUUGGUCAUUCGAACUCUGAGCAUAGGAGGGCAAGACGUGCUAAUGCAUUUACAGGUUCCUCAGAAGUCUCAACUGUCAAUGAAGGUCUGGAAGCAUCUGUGAAUCAAAACACUAGGACAACUCCAAUACUAGAAGAAUCCUCCUUCCCUCCUCUUUCUGAUAGAGAACUACUAGAGCCUUCUUCUAGAUAUGUUCAAGCCCUUAGCCAAAGUUCCAGAAAUCCUGUCAAACUUAGGGAAGAAUCAUUUCCUCCUUUACCUGGUGUGGCUAAUAAGCCAAAGCCUACACAGGGAUUAGAUGGUUCUUCUGCAAAUUCACUUGCUGCCCGGCUCCAACGUCACAAAGGCUCUAUUGUGAUUAACUCUGCUCCACAAAGGCAACUAGAGUAUCAUGAGAUCUUCCCAGCUGCUUCUCAAUUACGAACCGCGCCAAAUCAUGGCAUCACAUCAUCCACUAAUACAAGUUCUCAACCACGAGCAAACCGGACAAGAGAAAAUGGAUUUAGAUCACCUUUAUCUGCUAGUUCUAUUAAUUCAGAUGCUGCUAAUAGGAUGAGGCAUUCAGUAUCAGCUCCCAACCUAACCGGUGGGAGUUCUUCCAACCAAGCUAUUCUUAGUGUCAAGGGAGAGGAAUCAUUGCCUCUAAGUAACCAAUCUCAUACUUCCGUGAGUGAUAUUCACACUGCUAAUAAAUCAUUGGUAGAACAGAUUCAAGCUAGCUUAGGUAUGGAUGAAGACAAAUAUAGUGCAUUCAAAAGCAUAUCAUUGGAGUAUCGUCAAGGUGUGAUUAAUACUUCGGAAUAUCUUUCUUAUGCUGAGCAAUUUGGCCUGUCACAUCUUGUUCUUGAACUGGCUCGUCUUUGUCCUGAUGCUCAGAAGCAGAAGGAACUAAUUGAUGCUUACAAUGUGAAUUUACGGAACAAAGGACGUCUGCAAGAAAAAGCCAGCAAUAUGGAUGGUAGAAAAGGCAAGGGCAAAAUUUCAGCCCGAGCUGAAAGUAAGGCUAAGAAUACAUUAACUGAUAACUUCCUGGACACGGUAAAGAAGCUGCAAUUGAAUCAGAAGGCUCAGGAAGAAGAGGUGGUGGAAGUGCUUUCAAAGGAUGGCUACCGGCUUUCUAAGGAUAAACCUCAAUCGCCCAGAGUUUCCAACUCAGGUGCAACUAAUGUCAAUUCAAUUGAAAUUAGUGUCGACAGGGCACCCUAUUCUGUUACAGACAUAGCAAAGCCAAAUUUGACUGCUGGUGCGAGCAGUAAGCAACGUAAGAAGACAUCAAAAUUCCAUAGGACGCGCCUGGGUGAUGGUUCAGCAGCUGCACUUGAUCUUUCUCGCAGAGAUGUUAAUCCUGUACCACAAGAGAAUGGAGCCAUUGAUGGUUCUUCUGAAACCAUACCAAUCCGAGGUGUUUGGCGUAGUGGCGGCGCACAGAGACUUUUCACAAACUCUAGUAAGAACGCCUGAAAUGCAUCGAUUUCUUUUUUUUUUUUUUUUUUUUUUUUUGCGAACGUCAUGUGGUUGAUUUGGUAAUCUAUAUGUAUCAGGUUCUGCAACAAAUGCAUAUCUGAUGCAUCGACACUAUAUUUUGCCAUUUGCGGCUCUUUUGCAAUUAUAUUGUGUGUAAUUUCACAUGUUUCCAGAACCUUUUGAAAUGUGCGCUAAGGAUGGACAAUGCAAAAUUUUGUUGUGGCCAGACCACAUUUUAUAUAUUGUUCGAAUAGAUUUGGCAAA